GACGAAUGAUCGGCCAUAACGUUGCAUCGUCACAGCGGCUCGCAGUCGAAAGUCGGACUCGGAGCUGGUUGGAGCAAGCAGAUACGGCAAGGAGCUCAUCGCGCACAGAAUCUUCUUUCGAGGACGCACCGCAACGAACUUUCACCGAUAAUUAUGCUGAGGGAAACGAUUCUCGUGUUCGCGGUUCUGAUCGCGGUGGCGAACGCCACGGAAGUCCUCAAGUGUGGCAGUGGAGAGCUGUACGAAGAUUCCAACCAGAUUAAGAUAUCCGGCUGCGACAAGCCGCCGUGCAAGUUGAAGCGUGGAACGAAGGGAACAGUGGAGCAGAAGUUCGUGCCCAACAAGGACAUCGAGAGUGUUACGAACAGCGUGAGCGCCGCGGUUCUCUCCGUGCCGCUGCCGUUCGUCGGCGUGGACGGGACCAGCGCGUGCGAGAAUAUUUUCAACGCGGACGGCACGCCCGCUGGAUGCUCGCUGAAGAAAGGCGUCGAUUAUUACUACAAACGGGAGUUCCCCAUCCUGCCAAUCUAUCCUACGAUCUCAAUGGUGAUUCACUACGAGUUGAAGGAAGGCGAACAAUCGAUAGCGUGCUUCGAGGUUCCUGCAAAAAUCAUACGCUGAGAGGAGCUGCCCGUUCAUUCUGGGACGAUUAACUUCCUCGAUCCCCGGACCAAUGGAGCUGCGCCUCUGCGUCCGAAACAUUUGUACAAUAAGGAUGGUUACCGUUGAAGAGAGGACGUUUGCGAUAGAACAACCGGCAUUCUCGCGAAUGUGCUGCUUUCGGUAGCCCGCUUUACCGUCGAGCUUAAUUAGCAUGUAGUACUCACCCGUUAUUUUAAUCGUUUCCCCUUUCCUUUUCUCUGUCUUUAAUUUACCCUCCAGCGUUCUUUACAGUUUGUCGCCAGGGACAUAGGUAAAUUAUUCCAUGCGAGGAAAGUAGCGUGUAUUUCGAUUCAGACAACGUCACGAUUACAAUUGUUAAUAAAACUUUUGUAUAAUCUA